UUUAUAUGCAAAUCAUAAUUUUAUAUCCAAAAUACAUGUAGAUGCAUUACAUAAUUUUACAGUUAUUCAUGAAUGCUUGUUUUAAUUUUGAAAAUUGCAGAAAGAAGUUAUGCAGCUUGUUAUCAUUACUUGUUUGGUUGCACUGGCCCUUGGGCAGCAUCUUAACAAUCACGAACUGCAGCAAUUGGUGGACUCUGGAUUCCAGACUCUGGACGUAAAUCCUAAAGAUGGUCUUUUGGAACACGAUGAACUCUCUAAACUGUUUGACAUGAGAGAUACAGACGGUAAUGGAGUCUUAUCAAAAGAGGAGUUUGUCGCCCACACCGGACUUGAUUUCAUCUUUAAGGAUCCUGUUUUCAAUAAUUUUGACUCAAAUCAUGAUGGCGUCCUGUCAAAGGAUGAAUUUGUUGAAAAACCUUUUGUCGCUAUGAACCAGAAUGGCGACAGCGAAGUGAGCAGACACGAAUUCGACCAUUACUAUACUCAGCUUCUACAUCAUAUCAAUCAACAUCAUGGUUGAUUUAUUGCAACUUUUAAUAAAUAGAAAAAAGCAUCGGGUUUUCUGUCAUCUUUACUUGGUAAAUGCAUGUAGUUCAAAACUAGUCUCUUUGUAUUUCAAUAAAGGAAGUAUUUUACAUUAAA